ACAUCGUCCUGAGUAUAAAGUAGUCACCGCUACCCGUCACCACUGCCUAGACACCACUGCCGCAAAAUGCCUCCCGAAUAUAUGAUAACUCUUCAAACCUGAUCACAAUGUUCUCUCCCUCCUAAAAAAUCUUCUCUCCCUCGUAUCAGCCGAAGACGAAGGACGACCAAGUCAUCAUGGAGCGAGAUUUCCGUGCAUAUACACCGAAAGCAAUGAUUCAUUACCAUGUCACCAAGCCGCCGCGUCGCAAUAACUCACCACUUCUUGUCUUUCUUCAUUACUGGGGCGGUUCCUUUUAUACCUGGCACAAGCUCACCUCGCUCGACUCGCCCGUCUCUCUGUGCAAGCAGUAUCCCACAGCCUCAAUAGACUUUCGAGGCUGGGGUCAAUCAAAAGGACCAGUGAAUGGUGCUACUGCAGCAGACUUUUCAAUCACCCCUCUGGCGUCGGACGUUGUCACGGUCCUGGAACGGCUCAAAUCAGACCAGCCAAUCUUACUCAAGAAUGGGUUUGUGUUGGUAGGCCAUUCGAUGGGAGCCAAAGUCGCGCUGAUGACCCUCUCAAUUCUCCCAGACGAUUUGCAAGCGCUCAUCAAGGGGUUGGUGCUCGUGGCGCCCGCACCGCCAACAGCACUCGUCUUGCCACCAGAGAUGGCUGAACAACAGCAAAAGGCCUAUGACAACAAGGAAUCGAUCACAUGGACAAUACAGAAUGUUCUUGCGAAUCCAGAGAAGUUGACAGAAAUGGAUCUCGAUGUCUUAGUGAUGGACAGUCGGAUUGGAGAAACGCUUGCAAAGGAUGGGUGGCUCAAGCAUGGGAUGCAGGAGGACAUCUUGCCCGCACUGGACAUAGUAUGUUCUGCAGUCGACACGGGAAGAAUGAAGAUCAAUGUGCUGGCUGGAGAACUCGAUGUGGUUGAGGACAAGGACAAGGUGGAGCAGGAGGUUGUUCGAGCACUGAUUGCGAGGGGUUUCCCAGUCACUUUCAAGGUCGUCGAAGGUGUCAAGCAUCUGAUACCCUUGGAGAGCCCGGAAGCGAUCAUUGAUGCUAUUCGUUCGUUGUAGAGGGAAAACUUACGAGAGAAAAGGGCAAGACGAGG